AUGUAUGGGGCCCAAACUAAUCAGCUUGACAGUGUUUGGAGCGCGCGAGACAAGUGGGAACCAGAUGCGGAAGCUCUGGGGGCGGGGGCGGCUCACACCGGCCGCGACGCCGGAUUAAGACGUCCCCGCCGCUGCAGGGCAGAGGCGCAAUCGCCUCCUAAUUCGUCCCUGGGCGCCGUUCAAACGGAACAAUCCCGACGACAAUGCACUAUGGACGAGUGCGGCCGAAGCGAC